CAGUGUUGGGAGCCCGAGGCGCCUUCAGCCAAAUUACUGAAGUUCAGAGGAAGUGACGGGGAAUACAUGAGCUUUAAGAGUUAGUAAACUAUAGAAGGACAGUUUUCGUGUAUAAUUAAGUCAGUGUUUUCCGAAUAUCUAGGCAAACGUUAGAUAAAAAUACAAUUUUUGAUUGAAGCGCAAUUUGUUUUGCUUUGAUCAUCGAGCUAUAGUUUACCAACUAGCUUAUUUUAUAAACGGGCAUUAACGUUACCACUCUAAACAGUAGUUUGCAUUCGUUGUCCACAGUUUUGUUAUUUGUUUAAAGUCAUUUACUUUGACGAUAUGUCCCAUUGUUGUGUUAAAUGAGUUUACAUUCUUAUUGUCUUUUGUAAUGAACGCGAGAGUGACUUUACCGGCUUCAGUCCAGAUAGCGUUUGUCGUGUUUACUCUGGUAUUAUCGGUAAGUGUUUGCUCACAGUUGACGGUUCUUGUUCGUCUUAACGAUGGUCAAAUAACGGAGGAGCUAUUAGAGGCGGAUAGUGAGAAGGACAUCAUAACAGUGGAGUUCAAGCAGGCAGACGGGAAUCUCAUCACAUUCCUGUCUGAUUUCAAGCGCCGUGUGAAGAUCUUUCGUGCACUGGUGCUUGGGGAGCCGGAGAAGGGCCAAUCACAGUACCAGGCCCUCUGCUUCAUCUCACAUUUGGAUCAUGGAGAGCUCAUCCCCAGUGAAGCCAUGGCUAGACUCAGACAGGUCCAAAUUUUAAAAAAUUUAAAGCACCAUCUGUGUGUAAUAGAGACAGAGAGAGAGAGAGUAAAAAACCCUCAUGUGGUGCGGAGUGCGGAGGAGAGACAUGGUGUGGAACGGUUCACUAUGAACGCGGUGCUCAAUAUGAGUCGCUCCUGGUACCUCAGUACUCACAUACGUAAUGUGUGCAGGGAUGCACGAGACCUUGUGUACACACGGCAGCAAGAUGUCAAGCACUGGCUGGACAAAGGGGUUGAAGGUUCAAUAUUUGAGGUCUUUCCUCAGAGUCUGAAUGUGACUGGCUUGCAGAGCUGCAGCUCCACAACAGACCCAUGGCAGCCCUGCACUUGCACUUAUAGGUUAAACCUGGAGUGGUUCCCCUGCCAGCUGAAGUACUGCCGGGGUCAGGGGCCCAACCCCUACAAGUGUGGCAUUAAGAGCUGCAGCAAGGGCUACUGGUUUGACUUCUAUAUACCCUAUAAACAGCUGUGCCUUUGGGAUGAUGACACUUAGUACAACCUGAGAGAAAGGAAGGUUGUUUUUGUUUUGUUUUUUUUAAUGGAAACAUACUUUUGUAAGGUACUCUACAAAAAAUCAGAAGUUUACUUUUACCUCAAGGAACCAUUUUGAUAAUGAGAUUAUCUAGAAAUUACUUGUGCACUUCAUUGUAUUGAAAGCAACUAAACAUUUGGUCCCAACAGGGAACUUUCUCAGACUUUUAUGCAUUGAGUCAAAGAAUGGAUAUUUUGAUAUGAAUUUGUCAAGCCAUUUGUCUUUUCACUUUUGGGCAUCACUACAAUGAUACCUCAGGGCAGAAAAUGCUGUUUUAAUGGUUAAGUUGUACGUUUAGUUCUGUCUUGUUUUCAUUCUGUUAAGUUUUUACAUUGCUGACUGAAUUUUUACAUGUUAAAAUAUUUGAAUGGUAAAGUAUUAGCUUUCCUGAACAUUCUUUGUUGAGGAUAUAAUUAGUAUAAAGGAGUGUAUUUUGAAAAUAUUCAAAUCCUAUUGUACAAAAUGUUUACAAUAUGAUGUCUGAAUGUGCUUGUUUUAGUUUUCCUGUUUUAGUUUUAGCUGUUAGUUUAGGUUACAACUUUAUUAUUCUUUUUUUGUUUUACCAUGUUGCCUUCACUUUGUUGUUUGAUAAGCUGAUGAUUAUGUCUACUGCAUUGUCUUGUCAUGCAAUAAUCUGCAACAGUUUGACUGCUGCAAAAUAACAUAUUUGACUGUUUACAAUAUCAUCAUACACGUUUUCAAAACAAUUCACAUUUUUGUUCUCUGUUUAUGAAGCUAAGAGUAUGAAGCUGUAACAAAAAGCCUAAGUGGCAGCUAAGACAUUGUCUCUGAACAUAUUGUAAUGUCUAUUUAUUGCAAAUUUAUUCCGUAGAUGCCAAAUUUCUUAUUCUCAGCUAAGAUGCUCUCUAUAGCCAUGACUAAUUCUAAUUUACAUUUCAAUUGCAGCUGUCUUGUGAAGAGUCUUUUGCUUUGGUUUGUGAUAUACAACAUGGAUGUUUGAGCUUCGGUCUGGCCAGGCGUUCUGAAGAUAUGUCCCUCUAUUCUCAUCUCUUGUUCUCUGCUUUCUUGUGCCACCAUCUUGAUGUCAUUUUCUAUCUUCUCGGAUUUAUAGCUCUGUCUUUUUUUUUUUUUUCCCCCAUAAAAUAUUUGCAUGAAGUAUUUGUAAUGGGUCUAUUUGGUUCUGUAUGCCAAAUCAUUUCAACAUAACUGUACAACCCAAAUGAAGAAGAGGGAAAAAAGCCAAAGACUGUGUUGUGUUGUACUUCCAAUGUUGGGGAAAGUUACUUUAAAAAGAAAUGCAUUAUGAUAUUGUGUUACUCCUUUAAAAAAGUAAAUAUGAAAAGUGAAAAAAUGAAAAGUAAUGCUUUGCAGUACAUUUGCGUUAGUUUUCUCAUCUGGGCUGGGCUUUUUUUGU